CAAUUUGGUUUUGAUCUUCUUCUUAGUCUUGGGAGCAUUUGCAUACAACAAAAAUAUAAAGCAUUUAUGAUACCAGCCAGGCAGCCAUCAACAACACUACCUGAUUUCUACUCACCAAAUGAGUACCCCAUUUUGAUGCAAGUUGACCCAUUACCAAACCAACCAAAAUCCAUUUUGCCAUAUCUAAAAAAAUCCAAAAGGAAAAAAAUUAAGAUAUAAAACAUACCAGAAUUGUCUUCUUGUUUCCCAGCAUCUUUAGCAGCUUCUGCUUUUUUGCUGUUUGAAAAGGGCCCCAUGCUCUGCAUGUACUAUCAAUAAUUUUAGGUUCGUUUAGUUUAUAUUUUUAAAUAUGUAGGAAAUAAGAAUAAAGUAGAAGAUCCAUAAACUACUGAGGUAACCUUAGCUCCACAAAUACACAUACAGAUACACACAGAGCUAGAAACAUAUAGCUUGAGCCACAAUUUGCCCUAGGAUAUAUACUGCAUACAAGUAUGCACCAAUAUACCUUUUGUUAAAAGUAUUAGUCAUUCAGAAAUUGUUUUCUGGAUUUUAUUUUAUUCUUUAGCUCCUAAGUAGUUGGGUUAGUAGGCUUUCUACUUCUCUCAUUUCUGUAAGUCUAUAAACAGACAUGCUUAUUAGUUAUUAUGUUAUGAACGGCGGGAUUAAACCAGAAAAUUCAUUCUAAAUCUGCUCUGCUCUUGUUUUUCUUCUUACUCUUGGGAGUGUUUGCCUACAAAAAAAAUCUAAAGCAUCUACGAGACUAGUUAUCGACAGCAGGCUUUUAUCAACCCAACCCGAUUUCAAUCCACCCAAAAGAGUACCCUAUUUUUAUGCAAGUUGACCCAUUACCAAACCAACCAACCUUCUAUUUUGCCAUCUCUUAAAAACCCAAAUGAAAAGAAAUCAAGAUUUAGAACAUACCAUAAUCUUCUUAUCGUUUCGUAGCAGCUUCUGCUUUUUGCUGUUUGAAAAGGGCCCAACGCUCUGCAUGUACAAUCCAUAAUUCUAAGUUCAGAUUUAUAAAUUUGUAGGAAAUAAGAAAAAGAUAGAUCCAUAAACUUUUGAGGUAACCUUAGAGCCACAAAUACACAAUAAGUACAAAUGCAGAUAAGCCUCCAAUCAGAUUGGUGCAUUCCAGAAGGAAAAAGCAGAUGGCACAGGGUGGGUCUCUAGAAGUGGAUCAGCUCAAAAUGUAAAUAAGCAUUCCAAAGAACAUACUAAGUAGCUGAGUGGGUGGUUACCUAGAAGUUGCCCAACUCCUUUGGGAGUGGGAUUUUUUAACUUGGGUCAUGUUAUUUUCUUUGUGUGGCUACUUUCAUUGUAUUUUCCUUUGGAAAUCUCGAGACUAUCCCUUCUCGAAUUGAGACUUGAUGUACUCUUUUUCAUUUUGAAUUCUAUCAAUCUGACUUGAGCCUCAUUUGGUCCCGUUGCCGGGAAAUCGAAUGGCACCAACAACCUGUAGUAACCAAUUGAACCUGACCCCAUUUCCGUCCAGCUAGCCGCAGCCAUCGUUGAGAGAUUAGCAGUCAUGGAAUCCCUGAAAGAAGACGUUGCUGCCCCCAAGUCUCAUGCUAUAUCUUCUAGUAACGGUGGUUCUAAACGUGGUCUUAAAGAUCCUGCCGAUGAAGGUGUGUACUCGUGAGGAAACAAAUCGAAUCGUCCUUAUCGCCCUUAUAACAAGAUAAGUUUCCAUGUGUUUAGUGAUGGAGACCCUAGAGGCUGGAUUUUGAAGGCGGAAAAGUACUUCUGUUACUAAUUACUACAUUAUACCUGAAGAUGAAAAGGUGGAUGUCACUGUCAUGUAAUUGGCAUGAUAUGAGACACAUUAGACCUGUAUUCAUGGCUAACUGUGGAUCUACUAUCAUCUACUUGGAAGAUCUGGUUCAGUCAUUACAAAGGAAUUUUUGUCCUGCUGAAUAUCAAAAUCCAGACAAGUACUUGUGCAGUAUCAAGCAGAUCGGAUCGUCCAAGAAUACAGAAGAAUAUGCCAAACAAUCUGCCCGUGUUUCCAAUUAGCGGAUAACUGCCUGCUAGGGUGGAAUGGACUCAAGGACAAGUUAAAGGCAGAUGUUAGGAUUCAUAAGUCUAGGGUGGUAUACAAUGCGAUGAGCCUAGCCCUUGAUUUGAAUCAAAGAUUAGAUGCUCUCGUUCUGGAAGAUGAACUGCUUCUGUUGGUAGUUUCAAAACCCUCUCACAAUUAAAUCCACCCAAUAAUCCUCCUCCUCUUCUUCAACAAGAUCCCCCUUAACUCAUUUCUGAUACAGGGUUACUGGCACACUUCCUAAGGGGUGAAUGUUUUUGAUGUGGUGACAAGUAUGGUCCUGGACACCGAUGUAAAAUAGGGACUUUCAAAUUACUAGAUGCGGAGGAAAAGGAUGAUUCUGUACAAGUUGUGGGAGAAGUAGAGGCUUUUUUCCAGGAAGAUCUAGCUGAAAGUAGUCUACACGCAAUCUUGGGCCAGUCGCACACCCACCACAAUGAGGCUAUAUGGAACUAUAAAUGCAACAGAGGUCUUAAUUUUAGUUGAUAGUGGCUGAACUCAUAAUUUUAUUUUAGAUAAUUUGGUGUAUAUUUCAGAAUAAUUUGUAAUAGAUGUAUGUUGAAUUC